UCUGCGUCGGGGAAGAUUACAGCCGGGAUUAAUCAAAAGGAAAAGUCAAGRCUGAUGUCAUCCGCUCACGUGCAGGAGAGUUACUGCUGUUGACAUUCGUCCACUUUUUUGUAAUAAACAGAUUUCCUGCAGCGACUCCAUCAGAGAGGAGGAUAUACCGUUUUCUGUCAGGCUGCAAACAAAACAAGCAGAAAAAUCAAUCAGAACUCCAUCAUGGGCUGCCCUGGUUUGCGGAACGCAUUUGCUGGUUUGAUCCUGGUUCUGCUGUCUAAAGGGUCCAGAGUGCACGGAGCAGAAUUCGGACUCCUGCCGGACAAUAUUACAGUGUUGGAAGGCGAAAGUGUCAUUUUGAGAUGUCGGAUCGACGAGCAGGUGACCCACAAAGCCUGGCUGAACCGCUCGAAUAUCCUUUUCACUGGAACAGAUAGGUGGUCGCUGGACAGGCGCGUGACGCUGCUCGGCAGCAACAACAGUGAUUUCUCCAUUCACAUUGAGAAGGUGCAAAUCACAGACGAGGGACCCUACACCUGCACCUUCCAGGCCAAUAACAAACCCCGCAUCGCCCACGUCUACCUCAUCGUCCAAGUGCCAGCGAGAAUCGUAAACAUCUCAAAAAAUGUGUCGGUGAACGAGGGGGAGAAUGUAAACCUUUACUGUUUGGCAGUGGGUCGGCCUGAGCCCACCGUCACCUGGAAAGACCAGAAAUAUGGGCUGGUGAGUGAGGGGGAGUUCUUAGACAUCACCGAGAUCAAGAGGCAGCAGGCUGAAGACUACGAAUGCAUCACCCACAACGGUGUGGCGCCGCCCGACCAGCGCAAGGUCAAAGUCACGGUUAACUAUCCCCCCAUGAUCACAGACAUGAAGAACAUGCCAGCCCAUUUGGGGAAGACGGCUGUGUUGCGCUGUGACGCAAUGGCCGUCCCACCAGCCUCCUUUGAGUGGUACAGAGACGACCACAGGCCGGUAGAGAAUGACAACACCUUAAGGAUCAAAAAUGAGAAGACGCGCUCACUGUUGCUGUUUACCAACGUGACAGAGAAACAUUUUGGCAACUACACUUGCUUCGCUUCAAACCGUCUGGGUUCUUCCAACGCCAGCAUGCUGCUGUUUCGACCAGGGGCCCUCCAGGGACGAGGGACCGGUUUACACGCAGGGAUGAGUGUGAGCGUGUGCGUUUGGAUUGCCCUCUCUGCGUUUCUCCUGCUCAAAGUGUAAUGACCACAGUGCGUUUGGAAUCGUCCUUAAACGUCCCCGGAAGCCCUACUUCCUCCUCUGCUCCCUGCCCUCGCCCCCACGACGGAAGGAAAACGGAAAAGAAAUUCUUUAAUUACGAACCCAUCACUGUGAACAAAAAAAAAGAAUAUGCAUUAUUCCAGGAGCCAUCAAACCACCGCAUCGGACGCACGACAACUCCUUCCCCACCCCGAAAAAAAAAAUCUGCACCCUCGAUUCAAUUUUGAAUUCACCCUAUUAAUAAUGUACCCUUUUUUUCUGUUUUUCUCCCUCACACAUAUACAAUUUGUCUCUUUUUGUCUCCAAGAAAGCCUUGGUACUUCCCCUCAUCACCUUGUUUUCCUACCAGUGGGAUGAUGUUAGUAGAAAGUGUAUAUUCCUGAUGGCGAUAAAUGAGAAAAAUAGAUAAUCUAACAAUGGAUGGUCAUUUAUGUAAGAUACUGCACAGACUAUUGACUGACCUACAACGUUUGCCUUAUGGAAAUAACACAUCAAAUCACAAUAAUUUAGUGGUUAUUUAUGGAAUGAAGGUAAUGUUGUGGUCACCUUUUUGAAAAUUGUCCAGCUGGUGGUCAUGUGAAGUUUAACCCUUUGAUCWCACACACACACACACACACGRAUAAGUGACACAUGUAUGGAUUUUUUUUACUAUUAUUUUAACUGUGUAGCAGUGAAUCUGCUAUAAAUGAUGUCAAAAUGUACAAAUCAAAAAAGGGUGAGUGGUGACGGCAUCAGUCUUAAUAACCCCUUUGUAAAUGGGGGGGUUAUAUAAGGUUUCGCAUGUAGCCCUCACUACCCAAACCUUUUUUUUUUUAAACCCUCCCCGCCUCUCUGUUCAAAGUGCUUCGUCUAGUUGCCCUUCGCAUUGCUGUAGUGUUCUCUGCUGUGUGCCAACACCC